AUGGCCACUUGGUCAUCAAGGGCUGGGGAGUUAUUUAUUAAACUCCUGGUGAUUGAGGUAGAGAAGGAGAACCUGAAUUGUACGAACAUCAAAGGAAAGACUUGGAAUAAAUUGGUGAUUGUGAUGACUGAAAAAAUGGGUUGUACUUAUACUGUUCCAAAUCUUAAGGGAAAAAACCAACCCUGUGAUGACUUAGGAAGAUGUCUAGGUGCGAUAUAUUGCGCCAUAGGCAUUUUAGCCUGUGCUUCUACCCAAGUCCCACCAAUUGUGAUGAGGAGAGAGUUGGCAGAGGAGUUCAUAAAUGGUCAAAAAAGAUCAUCUGCUAGUCUUGACAAUGAUCUUGAAGGCCCAUUUCACCCACCACAUAAAAAGAAUGCAAGCAGUUUACGACAAAAGAAGGAAAGUAAGAGUUCUAAGAUGGACAAUGCUAUUGAUGCAUGGGCUGCAUUCUCAAUGGCUAGGAUGGAGAAAUACAAGCUUAGUGGUCACAAUGACACUGUAAAUGACGCUUACAACAAUGACACUUACAUGAAUGUGUUAGAGGGUAUGGAGGAUGUUGGAUCUCAAUAA